AUGACUAAACAAGAUUUACAAAAGGAAUUAAAAGAGAAAGUGAAGGAAGGAGUAAAGCCCAGUGAUAUUCGGAAAUUAAAACGAUCGAAAUCUCUGGGUGAUAUUCCCACUAAUCCGCCCCAAGAGAAAAUCUUUUAUGAAGCCUCCGAAGACAACCCUGCUGAACUAAAAGCCAGAAUCAGUGAACUAGAAGACCAAAUUCUCCAAUUGCGAAUUAGCAAACUCAAAGACUUCUCGGAUUACUGGGAAAAAAAUAAAGAACUGAAAAAAGAUUUAGAAAGCAAUAUUGAUUACGGAAUACAAGAAAUUGAAAGAUUGGAAAACAAACUCCGCACGAUUAAUAAAAAACGCUUAGAACUUCAAGACCAAUUAAGUCAAAGUCAAAGUAAAAAUGCUAAAUUAGAAAUAAAAUUGAUAAAUGCUGAGAAUAAGGAAGCCCAAACCGCUACUCCUCAUUCUGAUUUUUGA